AUGUCAUUGAUAGAGGCAGAUUCACCUGAGGGUUAUGCGUAUCUUGACCGCCUUGAUGUUAGAAAAUGGAGCAUGAGUGGCGACACGUCUGGAAUGCGGCAUGGUGUGAUGACAACAAACUACGCUGAGUCGGUCAACGCGAUGUUAAAGAACAUUCGGGGGCUCCCUAUCACAGCCAUGUUGGAAGCAAUAUUUAACAAGGUCAACUCCGUAUUCAUUAAGCAUGUGAACGACUACAAAAUGUGGUUGGCAUCCGGUUUCAUGUGGACUCCAGUCUGUGCACACAGAAUUGAGACUUGGGAAAAUAAGUCAAAGACUCAUACGGCUUCACAGUUCAACGUGGCACAGAAGGUAUUCAAUGUCUUGACCCAGUGCGACAAUGUAAGACAAAAGGGUGGCAAUACACAGCAAGUUCGUCUACUGGACGGGACAUGCACCUGUGGAAAAUUUCAACAGUGGAAAAUUCCGUGCUCCCAUGCGAUAGCUGCCUACAACCAAUACGGAGAGAACUACCGUGACUACAUUUCAUGGUAUUACAAAUGCGAGUAUGGAAUCUUAGCGUGGAGCUCUGUUUCAUUUGAACCCUUAUGGAAUCGAAAGCGUUGGAUCAAUUCCACUGAAAUUCUAUUUGUUCCUAACAGACAGUGGAUGAGAAAGAAGGGUAGGCCGGUUGAGAGUAGACGUAGGAAUAAAAUGGACCAGACAUUUAGGGACAGGCGGAAUAGCAACUACUGUAGAAGAUGUCUUACAUAUGGUCAUAACCUUAGUUCAUGUCCUUUUAGAGUUCAAUGA